GGAAACCCGUUGGCUCUGUCGCGCGCGCGCAGUGGUGCCCGGCAAUUUGGCGGCAGGGGCGAGACUUGUCCUUGCCCUGGGUGUGCGGCUCGCCUCCCGGGUGGUACUCGGCUGGGAGCCCGGCCGGCUGGACUGAGGUGCCUUCUCAGGAGGGGUAGCAGGGAGGGAGAAAUGGCUAGGAGACUGCAGCCAGCCCAGGUUCAGGGGCCGUUGACAUUCAGGGACAUAGCCGUAUUCUUCAGCCAGGAUGAGUGGUUGCACCUGGACUCUAACCAAAGAACCUUGUACCGGGAGGUGAUGCUGGAGAACUACAGCAACUUGGCCUCGCUGGGGAUUUGUUCAAAGCCAAAGAUCAUCUCUCAGUUAGAGCAAGCCGAAGACCUCCAGACGGUGGGAAGUGGAAUGCUUCAAGGCAGGUGUCUAGGGUGGACGCGUUUGUUUGAGCCCACAGUUUCUGAAGAAGAAAAUAGGGAAGUCUUGAAAUACCACAAAGUUGCUGGUCCUUUCGACUUCAUAGUGGGGAAAACACACAUAAAUGAAGACCAGUCAGAGGAGCAUCAAGGCAAAAAGAACAAGCAUUACAGCAAAAUGUUGCUUACCAUUAAAAAAGACUAUGUGAAAGAGAGGAGCUUUAGGGGUAAUGAAUUUGUGAAAAAUCUUGCUAUAAAGUCUUCAUUUACUAGAAAACUUGGAAUCGUUUCCAGAGGAAGAAAACCCCGUUCCCAGCAGUAUUCAGUUCUAUUUAAACCACUGGGAGUCAACACUGUGCAUAAAUGUUACAAAUGUAACGUCUGUGGGAAAAUCUUUCUUCACAGUUCUUCCCUGAGCAAACACCAGAGGAUCCAUACUGGAGAGAAGCUCUACAAAUGUAAGGUAUGUCGUAAAGCUUUCAGCCAAAGCUCAUCCCUAACACAGCACCUGAGAGUCCAUACUGGAGAAAAACCAUACAUAUGCAGUGAAUGUGGGAAGGCUUUCAGCUUCACCACUUCUCUCAUUGGACACCAGAGGAUGCACACUGGGGAGAGACCCUACAAAUGUAAGGAAUGUGGCAGAACAUUUAAAGGCAGUUCAUCCCUUAACAAUCACCAGCGGAUUCACACUGGAGAAAAGCCCUAUAAGUGUAAUGAGUGCGGGAGAGCCUUCAGCCAGUGCUCCUCUCUCAUUCAGCAUCAUAGAAUCCAUACUGGGGAGAAACCAUAUGAAUGUAGCCAGUGUGGGAAAGCUUUCACAUCAAUAUCGCGGCUGAGUAGACACCAUAGGAUUCAUACUGGAGAGAAGCCCUUUCAUUGUAAUAUGUGUGGAAAAGUGUUCAGUUACCACUCAGCCCUGAUAAUACAUCAGAGAAUUCACACUGGAGAGAAACCAUAUGCAUGCAAAGACUGUGGGAAAGCCUUCAGCCAAAGCUCAGCACUUAACCAACAUCAAAGAAUCCACACUGGAGAAAAGCCUUACAAAUGUGAUGAAUGUGGGAAGGCCUUUUCCUGGGUCUCAAGGCUUAACAUACAUUACAGAAUCCACACUGGAGAGAAGCCCUAUCAUUGCAAGGAAUGUGGGAAAGCUUUCAGUUCCCAUUCAGCAGUAAAUACGCACAGAAAAAUCCAUACUGGCGAGAAACCUUAUAAAUGCAAUGACUGUGAAAAAGCCUUCAACCAAAGCUCAGCCCUAAUUCAGCACCAGAGAAUUCAUACUGGAGAGAAACCAUUUAAUUGUAAAGUAUGUGGGAAGGCUUUCAGACAAAGUUCAUCCCUUAUGACACAUACGAGAAUUCAUACAGGAGAAAAGCCUUAUAAAUGUAAAGAAUGUGGGAAGGCUUUUAGUCAGAGCUCAUCUCUUACCAAUCAUCGGAGGACUCAUUGAGCAAAGCUGUAUAAGUAACAGGCAUGCGGUAAAUCUUCCACGAGAGGUUCAUUCCAUACUGACUGUAACAGUUCAUCCUGGGGAGAAGGUGAUAAGGAGUAGUUAAUUGGGGGUAAGCAUCAAGUUAGACUUCAGCAAACACCAGGGACUUCAUGAUGCAGGAUAAACUUGGGAGUGCUAGGAAAACUUCCAUAAAAUGUUUUUCACAUAUUUGUAUUAUUAGUGACUAUAAAGCCGAGACUAAGAUUGAAGGGUUGAUGGUUUAUUUCCCUUCUAGUGAUGUUUAUUUAAUAGCCACCAGUUUCUAAAGCAUCACCAUGAAUCUGCUGGUUUAGGUAAAAGUGCAGCCAUAAACCACCAGGAUUCAGAUAAGUCUAGGAUCUAUUUUUUGAGAUUGCCCUUAUUAUGCAAAGAUAGUUGAAAUUAGAAAGGAUUUGGGGGAAAGAAAUGUACACAGGUAACCUGCAGCUACCUCAUGUCACUAAAGUUUGUUUUAGUAUUCUAGAAUUAAUUUCCAUAUUUGGUUAUUGUUAAAAAUUUUUGGUUCAUUUUUCCUUUCUGUAAGCUUGAGAAGUAAAUCGUUCUGUGAACCAUGCA